GAGCUGUCCGGCCGCCGGGUGCUGACCGCCGCCGCCACGGGCCGCGCGCCGCGCCGAGGGCACGAUGAGCGGGGGCGUCUACGGCGGAGGUGAGCGGCCGGGGCAGCGGGCUCGCGGCUGCCGGCGCCCCGCUCCGAGCGCGCCCCGGCCUCCUGCGUCCUGCGGCAGGUCCAGCCUGAGAUGAGGUGGGCGCGCUCGUCUUUGACAUCGGCUCCUUCUCCGUCCGCGCGGGCUACGCCGGGGAGGACUGCCCCAAGGCCGACUUCCCCACGACGGUGGGGCUGCUGGCCGCGGAGGACGGGGCCGGGCCGGAGCUGGACGCGGAGAAGGAGAAGAAGGGGAAGACCUUCCACAUCGACACCAACGCCCUGCACGUGCCCCGCGACGGCGCGGAGGUCAUGUCGCCCCUCAAGAACGGCAUGAUUGAGGACUGGGAGUGCUUCCGAGCCAUCCUGGACCACACCUACAGCAAACACGUCAAGUCUGAGCCAAACCUGCACCCGGUGCUCAUGUCGGAGGCCCCGUGGAACACUCGGGCCAAGCGCGAGAAGCUGACGGAGCUGAUGUUUGAGCAGUACAACAUUCCCGCCUUCUUCUUGUGCAAGACAGCCGUGCUCACUGCCUUUGCAAAUGGACGCUCCACGGGCCUGGUGCUGGACAGCGGGGCCACCCACACCACCGCCAUCCCGGUGCAUGACGGCUACGUCCUACAGCAAGGCAUCGUGAAGUCGCCCCUGGCCGGGGACUUCAUCUCCAUGCAGUGCCGGGAGCUCUUCCAGGAAAUGGCCAUCGACAUCAUCCCCCCCUACAUGAUCGCAGCCAAGGAGCCCGUGCGCGAGGGAGCGCCCCCAAACUGGAAGAAGAAGGAGAAGCUGCCCCAAGUCUCCAAGUCCUGGCACAACUACAUGUGUAACGAGGUGAUCCAGGACUUCCAGGCCUCCGUGCUGCAGGUGUCCGACUCCCCGUACGAUGAGCAGGUGGCCGCGCAGAUGCCCACGGUGCACUACGAGAUGCCCAACGGCUACAACACGGACUACGGCGCCGAGCGGCUGCGGAUCCCCGAGGGCCUGUUCGACCCCUCCAACGUCAAGGGCCUGUCCGGCAACACCAUGCUGGGCGUGGGGCACGUGGUCACCACCAGCAUCGGCAUGUGCGACAUCGACGUCCGCCCGGGGCUUUACGGCAGCGUCAUUGUCACGGGCGGAAACACGCUGCUUCAGGGCUUCACCGACAGGCUUAACCGGGAGCUUUCCCAGAAGACCCCACCCAGCAUGCGGCUGAAGCUCAUCGCCAGCAACAGCACCAUGGAGCGCAAGUUCAGCCCCUGGAUCGGCGGCUCCAUCCUGGCCUCGCUGGGAACGUUCCAGCAGAUGUGGAUCUCCAAGCAGGAAUACGAGGAGGGGGGGAAGCAGUGCGUGGAGCGGAAGUGCCCCUGAGGCUGCCCCGCCCCUCCGCAGAGAGCUGCCCACCCCCGCUGCGGCGUUUGGGGAGACGCCCGAGGGGCGGUCUGCCAGCUGGGAACCCAGAAGCGCUGAACCCCCGUUUCCCCUUGCCCUCUCUCUUAACCGCGUCUUCUUAGCCUGCUGUUUCUGAGUUGAAAGAAUAAAAGCCUUUUAAGAAAAUAGAA